AUGUCGAGGAGAAAACAGGCACGACCCAGCCGUGCCAAUCUUGAGGAGGAGGGGGGCGUGAGGAAUAAUCCACUGGAGUGCAGUGAGGAGACACCGCAAGACGAGAAUGAAACGGGUUCAGAGAGCGAAGAAGUGUCCCGCGUACCGAUUGAAGAUCCCGUGGACCUGACGUCGAAUCGUUCCCACCAGGAAGACGAUGACGACCGCGAGGAGCUACCAAUGGAGGAGGACGAGGAGGAGCUGCCAGUGGACGAGGCAUUUUCCCAAGAGGAGGACGAAGAAGGCACCCGCAAACAGAUGAGAAAUCGUCAGGACGCUGAGAACAACAACAGCUUCAUCGAGGGUGGCACAUCGGCCGGUGCAUUUGCCCCGGCCGCGGGCUGUACAAGUCACGUUACCCUGGAGGCCCUCCAAAACACUAAAGUCGCUGUAGCCCAAUUCGCGGCAACAGCCCUAUCCAGCGGUGCCGAUCCCGAGGCAGCCCUCCAGGACCUAGCACUCCUCCAAAGUACAUUAUACACACUGCAACAUCAGCAGGUAUUUCAAUUGCAAUUAAUAAGCCAACUGCAGCAGCAAUUGUCGAUAACCCACGGUCCAGGUGCUAGUGGACAGCAACUGUUGGCCGAUAGUGACAGCAAGGAGCCAACAGCGGAAGCCCCAUCGCCGACAAUUCACCCGAAGCCACUAUCAAGUUUAACGUCCCCACCCACGUCGCGUCCCCCAAGUCAUCAUCCUCAUCACAUGACGACGUCAACAGUAUCGGUGACGACGUCUACAUCGCCAGUGACAGUGACCUCGGGUUUUCUCCAAGAACGGCCGGGCUCAAGUAGCGUAUCACCUGUCGGCAUAACCCUGCCAUCAUCCAAUAUACCAACACCAUCGACAGCCACACCAACAACCACAGUAGAUACCUCAUGCACGACAAAUUCAACGAGUACAACAACGACACUUACCCACCACAUACCACCAUCGUUGUGCUCGAUAAGUUCGUCCCUAGCAUCAACAAUAAUAACGAAUAACGAUCCGCUACCGCUCAACGAACCAAAUACCCUCGAGAUGCUUCAAAAACGUGCACAAGAGGUGUUGGACAAUGCAAGCCAGGGUCUACUGGCCAAUAAUCUUGCUGAUGAAUUGGCAUUCAGAAGUGGCAAAGGAUCGCGUUUGUCGCCGUACGAUUCAAAAUCAUCGGGUGGACGUGGUGAGCCAUUCUUCAAGCACCGCUGUCGCUACUGCGGCAAAGUAUUUGGCAGUGAUUCGGCCCUCCAGAUACACAUAAGAUCGCACACAGGUGAGCGCCCAUUUAAAUGCAACGUAUGUGGCAGCCGUUUCACCACCAAGGGCAAUCUAAAGGUUCACUUUCAACGUCACACUGCCAAAUUUCCACACGUUAAAAUGAAUCCCAAUCCUGUGCCUGAACACCUCGACAAGUAUCACCCACCACUACUCCAACAGUUGGCGGCCUCUGGCCAAAGACCCUUACCAUCGCCUCCACCGCCACCAUCAGGACCAACAGGUCCGCCAACAUCGGCCAGUAAUCUAUCACACCAUGCCCCAUAUCAUCCGUCAACAGCCCACGGUUUUAUACCACCACAGCCACCCUUACCCCUGAGUCUGGCAUUGCCAGCGGCAGCUGCUGCUAUUGCAGCUGGUAUUCCCAAUCUUUAUCAUCGUGUACCAAUGAUACCGCGUCCUGACGGUCAGGACCAGGAUAUACCGGAGAAUUUGAGUAAAGCGAUCGCGAAUUCAGGCGCGUCUGUGACAACAGCAUCGACAACAGCAUUGCCAUCAUCGCCGAUUCACUCUCCGAGGCCUCCUACCCCACUGACCAACAACACCACCCCCACCCAGAUCCAAUCCUUCCCGCCAGAUCGAGAGGACGUCAUAAAGCGUGAGCACAGAGCGUCGCCAGUCACCGAGCCACGACCGCCGAGUCAGAGCGCCGAAGCCCUAACGAUAAACCUCAAAAAAGAGCCAGAAGAACUCGAAGAAGCGAUCGAAGAGGAGGCGGAGGAGUUCGAGCCGUCCUCCCCCAGAUCGCGAUACCUCGAUCAGCCUCACCUGAUGGCUUCCCCUCAACCAACGCCCAACGACAGAAUGCUGCACACUCAGCAAAACUACGAAGACUGCAGUAUGGACAGUAGUAAGGCCAGUGGUAGAUUAGAAGGUGACGACGAAGAGGCUGACGAGGAGAUGGAAGAGCAGCCGGAGAACCUCUCUGGUAGAGGAUCGAGUAGACUGGGCCCACCGGUGGGUAGCUACCAUCCUUCUGGCGCCUCGCCGGCCAGCAGUACAGCUAGUAGCGGUAGCCUUCAAACCUCAUUCGCAGGUCUCCUCUUUCCCCAAGUGACAUCAGGCCCACCUGUCCAGACGAUGCCACCACACCUGGCCUCAGCUCCUCACCAUCCGCCAGGGGUCAACGUCAGCGAAAGCAUGAUUGUGGAUCCAGCGAGGGAUCCAGCUAUCUACUCAAGCCUUCUACCACGACCCGGUAGCAACGACAACUCCUGGGAGAGCUUGAUAGAGAUAACCAAGACAUCGGAGACAUCGAAACUUCAACAGCUCGUUGACAACAUUGAGCACAAACUUACAGAUCCGAAUCAGUGUGUCAUAUGCCAUCGGGUUCUCUCCUGCAAGAGUGCCUUGCAAAUGCAUUACAGAACGCACACGGGUGAGCGUCCCUUCAAGUGCAAAAUCUGUGGUAGAGCAUUCACAACCAAAGGCAAUCUCAAGACCCACAUGGGUGUUCACCGCGCUAAACCACCUCUCCGCGUCCUCCACCAGUGUCCAGUGUGUCACAAGAAGUUCACAAAUGCCCUUGUGCUUCAACAACACAUACGUCUCCACACGGGUGAGCCGACAGACCUCAGUCCCGAGCAGAUCCAAGCAGCUGAGGUGAAUGAAUUCCCCCCAGGGUAUCCACCCCAUCCCCUGGCGUCCUUUCUACCCGGUGGCUUUCCCAGCCUCCACCCGCCCCAUGGCGCCUUUCCCAUGGGUUUUCCACCGUCCCGUCAUCCGGCGAUGGAGCGACAUCAUCACGACAACGACAUGGAUAUCAAAGAUCUCAGACCACAAAUGCCAAAUAUUCAGAUGAAUCAGCAGAGGUACCUGGACGAGUCAGAGGACAUGGACGAUCAGGAGGAGCCGGAGGACGACGAGAGGAGAGAACAGGAGGACAUGUGUGGUGAUGAAUCUGAGAGGCAAAUUGAGACUGGCGACAUCGAGGAGGACAAUGAGACUGAAAGAAAUGAGACUAAAGAAUCAUCAAUACCAAAUUUUUCCACCUCCCUAGCGGCACUUGAGAAUCAAGUGAGAACUAUCACGACGAUGGCGUCUGUUGAUCCAACAUCACCACUAGACAGAUACAAUUCCAGUGAGAAGAGCAACAGUCCACCGAGUUCGGUGGUAGGUACUCCUUUGGAUCUUACACCACGUGCCUCGUCAACUCCCGGCUCUGUCGUCUCCACGUCAACCCCACCACCGCCACCACCACCGACCACCCUCCAACAUCAUCCUCAUCCAUUCGGUAUGUUUGCCGGUCUACUGCAGGCAGUAUCAUCGUCACCGUCAUCAGUGAGCAGUAUUCAGACGUCUGGGGGACCUAUCAAUAGCAUUGCCUCUAUGAAUAAUCCGGGAAAUGGGGGAAAUGGUGGUGCCCUAGCAUCGCUAACAACAUCCGCUGUACUAGCUGCAUCGUCAACCUACAAUCCGCUUGGUCUCGCUGUUGGAGGCCCAGCAGUACGUGGCAACACAACGUGUAAUAUCUGCUACAAAACAUUUGCGUGUAACUCCGCACUGGAGAUACACUAUCGGAGUCACACGAAGGAGCGGCCGUUCAAAUGCACCAUUUGUGACCGUGGCUUCUCAACAAAGGGAAAUAUGAAGCAGCACAUGUUGACACACAAGAUCAGGGACAUGCCGCCACACCUGUUUGGUGACUCUAAGACACCACAGGGGGGCCAGCAGCCCCAGACGCCCCAGCACAACCAGGACCAGGAGAACUCUCAGAGUUCGGUGUGCACGGAUGAGUCGAGUCUACCGCCACCACCACCGCCACCACCACCUCUACCACCACCACCGUCACCAAUGCCACCAGUCAACGAGUCACCAAUGCCAGUGAAGCGAUCACCCACUGAGGGCGAUCUGCCAGCACCAAAGAGGCCGAGCAUGUCCAGUAAGCACUUGUGCCAGGUUUGCAAUAAGAAUUUCUCGUCAUCCUCGGCGCUCCAGAUCCAUAUGAGAACGCAUACGGGCGACAAGCCUUUCCGAUGCACCGUCUGCCAGAAGGCCUUCACCACCAAGGGCAACCUCAAGGUGCACAUGGGUACGCACAUGUGGACCAACGGUGCAUCACGAAGGGGGAGAAGGAUGUCACUGGACCUGCCACCACUACCAAUCACACCCAAGGACUCGGAGUUUCUUCAACGACGACCGGAUCUAUUCUAUCCAUAUCUACCCGGGCCAUUCCUUAAUGGGGUACAGCAGAAACUGAACGAGAUAUCAGUGAUACAAAGUAAUAAUGGAUUGCCAGUUAGUCAUCCUGUAUCAGCGAGUAAAUACGCUGGUCUAUUUGGUACGAUAUAUGGUGGUGGUUUGAGUAAUUCAACAAGUGGUAAUGGUUUUUCAAUGGAAAAACAACCGGUUGUAACGUCAAACAGUCCACUUGAUGAUGGUAAACCACUUGUACCAUCUGGCUCAAUGCUAUUUCACACACCAUCACCGUCACACUCACCUGGCACACCGUCUUCCAAUACUGGUAAUCAAAAUUCAGCUAGUGUACCUACUUGGAAUAGUGACAGUAUGCAGCAUCAUUUUGAGAGGCACGGUCCAACGAGAGAGUCGGAGAGCGAUACCGCUACACCACCAGCACCGAGAUUACCACCUGCGGCAAACAGGGGUGAAGGAUUAGCUGCGUAGAGAUUUUUAUCGUUUACUCAUGCGAGAGGUGAAUUUUGAAGAGGAAAAAUAGUAUA